CUUACAUUGGACAUAAACAAUAAAAAUACGUCAAAUAUAUUGAAAUGUAAUACUAGAUUAUUAAACAUGAUACUGGAUAAUUUCGUAAUGCUGUCUAGGAGUGACCAAAGGUAUUACAACACGUUUUUCGUCGGUUUAAACAACUUGCGAAGCACGUUUGUAAUAUCAAGCGGUUUGUCUGUUUCGAAUAAUGCGUCAAACUCCAGCUUUUAGCGUUAGACUAAACGUGAAUUCUGUUGUUUUGUCCGUUAUGUAAGACACGUCCUCUUCCUGUGAAUUUAAAGGGAACAGGCAGACAAGACAUAAACACAAACAUGGUGUCUCUGGUCUGCACCUUGCGAAGUCAUCAAGACGAUGUGAACUGCUGCGCGUUCUCCGGCGCUCUGCUGGCCACCUGCUCCGCCGAUAAGAGCAUCUGCGUUUACUCCGCACGAGACUUCAGCGAGCUGCCCUUCUCCCCGCUGUCCGGACACGGCUACGGGGUGCACUACUGCUGCUUCAGCGCCUGCGGUCAGUACCUGGCCUCCUGCUCCACCGAUGCCACCACCGUGGUGUGGUCGAUGGACACCGGAGAGAUCGAGGCCGUCCUGGAGCACCCGGGCCGGAGUCCAGUGAGGGUGUGCGCCUUCUCUCCAGACUCAUCUUUCCUGGUGUCUGGAGGCUCCGAUGGCACCAUCGCACUGUGGGACUUUACCUCCAGGACCCUGCUCAGGACGGGCGCAGUGACUGACACCAGUAUAGUGGCCUGCUCUUUCACUCCCUGCGCUCAGCUGUUCAUCACCGGCUCCACAUAUGGUGACCUGCGGCUGUGGGACCUGAAUAUGAACCAUCUCCAUGCGGAGAAGAACGCCCAUGACCUCGGGGUCUCCUGCUGUCAGUUUGCUCCCCAGAUAAUGAAGGGCACAGAUGGCUGCGUUCAGUUUCGGCUGGCCUCAUGUGGACAGGACAGUCUGGUGAAGAUAUGGAUUGUUUCUCUUUUGUCUGCUGCAGCAGGCAUUAAGAUGCAGCUCGCUCACACUCUGACGGGUCAGUCUGCUCCCAUUCUGUCCUGUGCUUACUCUGCUGAUGGACAGAUGUUGGUGUCAGGAUCGGUGGAUAAGACCGUGACUGUGUAUCAAGCUAACGAAGGUGUCUUACUCUACACACUUAACCAGCAUGACAGGUAUGUGACGGCCUGUGCUUUUUCCCCCACGGCCCCUCUCAUCGCCACCGGCUCCAUGGACAAAACUGUCAAUAUCUGGAUGUUAGAGGAUGGCAGCGGUGCUCAGGGCAAAUCUCUUCCUGAUGAAGCUGCUUCGGUUUUAAGCAGUGGAGGCAGGAAGUCGAGUGGACACUCCAGACUGAUGGUGAGCGAGUGGUCUGAGGAGGAUGUGUUGGCAUGGUUACGUGAGGAGGGGCUAGAGGCUGUGAUUGACAUGUUUAAAUCCAAUAACAUCGAUGGAGAGGAGCUGCUCUCUCUCACCAAGGAAACCCUCAGCUCUGAGCUGCACAUCGGUGCUCAACACCACAGGACGUUUCUGCCACAGGAUAAAAAAUCAAAAGAAUCUCUGGGUCUGCGGUGUAAAGUCAUGAAGAAGAUUGAGGAGUUAAAAAUGGCACCUGUCUCUAACGGCACUCCCGAUGAGUACCUCUGUCCAAUCACGCGCGAGAUCAUGAAGGACCCAGUGAUCGCUGCCGACGGCUACUCGUAUGAACGGGAGGCCAUUGAGAGCUGGAUCAACACGAAGAGCCGCACCAGCCCUAUGACCAACCUGCCCCUGCAGACCACUCUUCUGACACCCAACCGUACGCUCAAAAUGGCCAUUUUACGAUGGACAACUUGUCAGUGAUUUCAGAUACUAAUGAUCCCAGAACGGAAGUCUCUCUAGAACUGGAUCACCAUGGCACUGAUUUGAGAUCAGACUGGCUUUAGACAUUAGCAUGCUGUAAAUUUUAGCGCUUUAGCUUUUAACAGACUAUAGUGAUGUGUCUCAGCUAUUGACUCGAGCUCAAUUUCAGCCUUAAUCCUGAGAGUGAGAGAGGUGUUCCAUUAGAUGUGGUGGGAGCUUCAUGCGAUCCUCCAUCCGCAAAGUGACGGUAGUUAUGUCACAGGAAGAUUGAAGAGCAAGUGGUCCAUAAUCAGGCUAAAACUGCGAAAUACUUCUCCAGCAUAACAGAGUGAGUGGCCUCAAACAUCAUAAUAAAUGUUUAUCAUCUCCUUUCUGCUCUAUAGUGGACAGUUUGCUGGCAUAAUUAUACUGUUUCUAGCACAUAAUUAUGAUUCCUCCUCCAGCUGUUUUCUAUCGCUCAUCGUGACUCACAGGUCUGAAUAUCGGUGAAAUUCCUCAAGCAAUUUAGUCUUAUUUCAUAAAUGAUUUUUAGGAUGAGCUAUUAAUCAUUUAAAGGGGUUAUGCGUGCCAAAUGAUGUUGGUAUACGUAAAAUCAGGUAUACGUUUAUUAGUGGAUGAUCAUUGUGGCCAGUUAAGUGACUGGAUUUAUAGCUUCACUACUGUAUAUAGCGUAUGUAUAUGACUGCACUGAUGACAGUCUAGACCUUUACCUUCAUGAGCUGGUGGGUGGUUCAUGCUCGGAUAAACCUGCUUUGAGACUGAACGCCAUGCAGAAAUAAAAUCAACCUGUUGUACAGCUGACUUUUGGCUUGUGAUUCAUUUUAAUAUU